CCGAUAACCGACCGACAGAUCGGAGCGAAUAUCAAACUGUUUGAAUAUUCACUUCUGCAUAUUAUUUUCGAAGUUUAGUUUGUGGCAAGUGGUGAAAAUUGUAAAAUCAUCCAAAGGUUCCAUACAAGGAUGUUAACGAACCUCACCGUUCUGCUCGUCUUCGUCGCAAUGGCGUCCGUGACGUCACAAACGUUCCAAUACUCGCGGGGUUGGACGAACGGGAAGCGGGACGGACACAAGCGAGAUGACGUCAGCUUGGAGAAGAUUCUCUCGCCGUGUCAGAUGAACAAACUCAAGUAUUUGCUGCAAGGAAAACCGUUAACUGAAAGGUUACUAACCCCGUGCGACUAUAAUCCUAUAGACGAUGACAUUGAGCAACCGAAACGAUACAAGACGGAUCGAACUCAGGACCCUCUGUAUGAUGCGUUCCAAUAAAUAAAACCAAAAAGUCUAUAAACAGGGCCAAAUUACCAAAUAUGAGAUUUUAUAGUUAACUAUUAAGGUAUUUUAUAAUGUAAGUAGGCAAAAGUUCACUAUUAAAAUAAAAUAUUAAUUAUUAUUAUAUAAGAAAAAAACUAAUU